UUUAUUGAGGAAUUGGUGGUUUCCCUGUGUAAUUACCCAGAACUCUCUGGGGCAGUGCUUUAACCGUGGGAGCGUGGGUCUAGUUUUAGUCGGCCAUUUUGAAAUUCACAACGUGGUAAAAAUUCGACAGAAAAGUUGAUAAUUUCGCUUUUAUUUGCGAUUGGAAUUGCUAUUUGCUGAGCUGAGUGACUAGAAAGAAGCUACUCAAAGUCUAAAGAAUGCUUUGCCUUCCAAAUCCGAGGAUAUUUAGCGUUGUAAAGGCAGGUUUAUCGUUUACACGAAGGACAGCGAAAUGCUUGAGUUUACCKGCGCGUUCCAUCUACUCCAGCAGUACCGAAAUCGAAAAAUAUUUAAAAAAGCUGAAACUUGGUCGAUUCSAGUGUUUUGAAGAAUCAAACAUCACAAAACCUUGUGUAGAGGUCCUUAAAACCAAUUACGAGGAAUUGGACGUUGUUCACGUGCGAACUAGACAGCCACAAGUGUURUAUCUCMGAACUGAGCUGUUAUUACAGAGACUUGCUUUCCUAAAACCAAUUGGAAUAACCAGCAGGCAGAAGAGAAAGCUUAUUGAACAAAGUCCCCCAGUUCUUGURCUUGAUUAUGACCCUGGAAAGACUGAGGGAAAUCAAGUGAGUUACCUAAGGGGGGUAGUGAGAGGCAAUAUGGACAAUGAGGAAAGACGAAGUCUUAUAUUUCAYCCAUGUACWCCUAUGAUUGURUUGAGAGCUUUUGAUCUUCGUAAUCAUAUUCAGUUCAUCCAAGAACAGCUUGGCAUGGCCCAAAAAAGUGUACUUCAGUUYAUUUUGAAUACUCCRAGCUUUCUCAUACAUCGUAGAUCAGARAUGACUGAAAAUUGUCAUKUUAUUCAUAAGCACAUGUUGCCGCAAGGUUUUGAUUUGGAUCGACACACUGCGGAACUAUUUCCACCAGUGUAUCGUGGCUGUGGUGAGCACAAUCCAUUGAUUCAUACUAAGCUUGCUACUGAAGACAUGGCUGCCUCUAUGMCAUUGUUAGGCUUGAGCGAUAUCUUGGAUUUCUCRUACAAGGAGGAUCAUGGGAARGGACAGCCRGAGGAUUUGGUUGAAUUUUUAACAAGAGCUGAAGCAAGRGAACUCAGACAAAGAUACAAUAAAAAAAUGUAAUCGAUACUCUCUUGUUUGACAGCUUGGMUUUAUGAUAUGAUUAAAGACUUUGUA